AUGGCGGGCAGGGCGGCCUCGCGGCAGGCCCCCAGCAGCAGGGAUUCCUCUCGAGCUGGCUCGAUGGUGGACGACGUCGAGGCGGAAUACAUCCGGGAAGUGAUGAAGAGGAGGCGCUCCAGCAAAGAAUUGAGAAUGCCGGCUACAAUGGCGCUGGGCGACUCGGGCGUGCCGGAGUUCCAAGCGCGCCUCCUGGCUUUGAGGAUGGCAGUCAAGGAUUACGAGCUGCCAAUGCAGCUAGCGUAUGAUGAGCUCGAGGAUCUGGCAGCCAACACUGAGAGGGUGAAGAGCGUGAUCGAGAAGAACAUGACGCUGCUCACUGUCCAGAUGAGGAAGAGGAACUUUCGCUAUUACAAGUCGGCUUUCCUUGCGUGGAUUUUCUACGUACAAAGGAAACUCGCGCGGCGAGUUGCCAUGAGAAACGCAAGAGACUACGCGCUGAGAAGAAGGCUGGGCCGCGCCUUUGAUGCAUGGCACAUCUGCUGGCUACGCAUGCACAAGUUCAUGAAACUCCAGUUGUCCGCCCAGAAUCUGCUGCGCCGCCACAGCCUCAAACGCAUCUGGAGAGCGUGGUCGUCACUCGUCAAGAAGAGGCUUCGCGAGGACGAGAAACACUGGAGAGAAAAGCAGCUCGUACGUGAUCUAAACGUAAGGCAACGGGGGUGUGUGAGGCAGAGAGCUGUGAAUGCAAUCAAAAGGCGACGACUGCAUCGAGCUUUCUUUGCUUUCAAGAUUGGACUGGAAAUUUUGAAAGACACAAGAUCUCGACGCAAUCACAUCUUUUACAUCGUUACCAGGAGGAAAGUUGCCGUCGGCUUUAAGCUCUGGGAGAGAUAUCCAAGAAAGAGAGAGCGCGACUUGAGAGUUAUCCAGAGAAGACAAAGAAGAGUUGCACAAGAUUGCAUAUGGACGUGGGACGAUGAAACUUCGUUCUUGAAAUUCCGGAGGAGAAGAAUGAGGAGAUGCCGUUUAAGCAUUGCAUUCGAGAUGUGGAGGCUGUUCAUCUCGCGGAAGAUGAAGUACGACACAAUCGCAACUAGGAUCAUCCGCGCACGUCUCAAACGGUACUUCACUGAUCUCCGUGAGAUUUGCUUGGAGGAGAUAUGGAAGAGGCGAACCUGUGAGAGAGCAAGGAGGAAAUGCACUCACUUGAGAACUAGAUGGUUCUUCGAAGCUUGGAUCACUUACAUGCAGAUCCAAUUGCAAGAGCGAUCGUAUCGAAUAGAGGAGUAUGCUGCUGUUCUUGAGAACGAGAAUCAAAAGACAAGGUCCGAGUGUGAUCGGCUGGGACGGAUCAUCGACACGGGAGAAUGGGACCAACAGCGAAUCGUGGAACUCGAGCAAGCAAGCCUCAUUCUGAACGGGGAGAAAGAAGCCUUGCUCAAGCUUGCGGCUCGUUUGGAGGGGGAGCACAAAGAAGCCAUGGAUUAUCAACGACGACAGGAGCAGGCGAUCAAUACUCUCAAGAAUGAAAUGCUUGGCUGUAACUAUUUGCGUAAGAACAAGCUAUUGGUGAAGGGAGCUUCCAGCUUCAACUCAGUUCUCCGAGCUGUGAAAUCUGAGGCUAUCAAGGAAGGUGUCAAUCCCGAGGUUGUGAAAUCGAUCGACGAGAAAUGCAUGGACCAGGUUAUAGUAUUUCCGGAUGGUGACCUGCGAGUAAAGCCUCUGACAAAGUAUGACAAGGGAAAGUGGAAACUUAGACCCGAGGCAACAACGAGCAUGAACUCUUCAGACGAUUCUCUUGAUAGCUAACAAAGCUUCUUUUGGUAUCAAAAGAAUCAUUCGAAGAGUUCUUAGCUAACAGGUAAGAACACGACUUGUUACAACAGGCUUUUGGAAGUUCCAAAAUAAAUAAAUAAAAAAGGUCUUUA